GGAUUCUAUCUUUCUUUCCGUUACAUUCCAGAGUAUUGACUUUACUCAAAAACUUUCGCCUGUAAUAAAAACUUUCUUAUAGAGAGAGAGAAACAGAAAAAGAGAUUCCGCGUUCUUCUUCUUCUUCGUCCUUCUCCUCUCUUUCCCAGAAAGUAUCCUCCUUUUCACUUUCUUCUCCUUUGACUUUGUUCUCCGUAUAUAUAUUAAUUACAUACACCUUUGUGGGUUAAAAUAAACGGAGCCAGAAUCAAUGGCCACGGCGGCUAUAUUCUCAUCUCUGCGGCGGAGGAGAUCCCCAUCACUAGAAGCCUUUUUAGCCCCCGUUGACCUCUCCCCCAUCGCUCUUAUUCAAACCCUAGCUUCCAUCUCCUCAGAGGUCGUCUCUUCCUUCACCGCUACAAGAUUCUCCUUCCAACGCAAGAACGCUCGUUCUCUGAUUCGUAAGAUCGAGAUCUUCGUCGUAUUAUUCGAAUUCCUCGCUGAAUCACGUUGGGACUCGACAAGAAGAAGCACAACAGCGUUGCUGUGUCUGAAGGAGCUUUAUCUUCUCAUCUACAGGUCCAAGAUCCUCCUCGAGUACGUCUCUCAAUCAAGUAAGUUAUGGCUAUUGCUUCAAAACCCUUCGAUCUCUGGCUACUUCCAUGACUUGAACCAAGAGAUCUCGACGCUUCUUGAUGUCUUCCCUGUCAACGAUCUCAACCUCAGUGAGGAUAUUAGAGAGCAUAUCAAUCUGUUACAGAGACAAUCAUUGAAAUCGAAGUUAUACAUCGAUAACAACGACGAGUCCUUACGGGAAACAUUCUAUUCCUUUCUCGAAUCCUUUGAGAAGGGGGAGAUUCCGAGUCUAACCGCUCUGAGAACCUUCUUCGUAGAGAAGUUAAGGAUUAAGGAUUCGAAUUCUUACAGAACUGAAAUCGAGUUCUUGGAAGAACAGAUUGUGAACCACGACGGAGAUUUAGAGCCGACGAGUUCAGUUAUCAACGGUUUUGUAGCCAUCACACGUUACUCUAGGUUUCUUUUAUUCGGUUUCGAGGAAGAAGAUGGAGUAGAGUGGAGAAUCGAGAAUCAUCCCAAGGUUGGAGGAGAGGACACGAUCAUAACACAAGUUCCAAAGGAUUUCGUUUGUCCGAUCUCUCUGGACCUGAUGACAGAUCCUGUGAUUGUCUCUACAGGUCAGACUUAUGACCGAACCUCCAUCGCUAGAUGGAUCGAAGAAGGACACUGUACUUGUCCUAAAACAGGACAAACGCUUAUGGACUCUCGUAUCGUCCCCAAUCGAGCCCUCAAGAACUUGAUCGUGCAGUGGUGCACAGCGAGUGGCGUUUCUUGCGAGUCUGAGUUUGUUACAGACUCAACAAACGAGGGGUUUGUGUCGGCUCUUCCGACGAAAGCUGCUGUUGAAGCUAACAAAGCUACUGUUUCCAUACUCAUUCAGUUACUAGCAGAUGAAUCGUCUGAACCGGCGCAAACCGUUGCUGCGAGGGAGAUUCGUCUUCUGGCGAAAACCGGGAGGAAUAACCGCGCGUUUAUCGCGGAGGCAGGCGCUAUACCGCACUUGCGCCGCCUUCUCAAGUCAGAGAAUGCCAUCGCGCAGGAAAACUCUGUUACAGCGAUGCUUAACCUCUCGAUAUAUGAGAAGAACAAGAGUAGGAUCAUGGAGGAGGAAGAUUGUUUGGAAUGUAUAGUAAACGUUCUUGUGUCUGGUCUCACAGUAGAAGCGCAGGAGAACGCAGCAGCUACAUUGUUCAGCCUCUCUGCGGUACACGAGUACAAGAAACGUAUUGCGAUGGUUGGUCAAUGCGUCGAGGCGUUAUCGUCGCUGCUUAAAAACGGGACACCGAGAGGGAAGAAAGACGCGGUUACAGCGUUAUACAACUUAUCAACUCAUCCAGAUAACUGCAGUAG